UCUCUGUUCAGAAACUGAGACUGAAGUUCCCCUCACAGAUGUAAAUCAGGGAAAGGACUCGUCGGCUGCUUAGGUUUAAGCUGUAAAUACAAUGGGUCACAUAAAUUGUGGUACUAUUUCACGCUUUUUAUCAACAUUAUUCGUAGUAUUAUCUUGUAUUUGUCGGUUCUCGCUCGGUACCGAACUGAGUUUUGUUACAUGCGGGUCUGUUAUAAAACUAUUGAAUGUAAAGCACAAUGUGAGACUACACUCUCACGACGUUUGCUACGGCUCAGGUAGCGGGCAGCAGUCUGUCACCGGGGUCACUGCGGUUGAGGACAGUAACAGUUACUGGAGUAUUCGUGGGACCAGAGACGCCAUGUGUCAUCGGGGUACACCUGUAAAGUGUGGGCAAGCUAUACGUCUCACGCACGUCAACACAGGACGCAACCUGCACAGCCACUACUUCUCUUCCCCGCUGUCCUCUAACCAGGAGGUGAGUGCGUUCGGGGAGGAAGGAGAAGGGGACCACCUCGAUGAGUGGACGGUUCACUGUUCAGGAUCUGUGUGGAAGCGCGAGGAGGCCAUCCGCCUCCGUCACAAAGCCACCGACGUUCUGCUGUCGGUCACGGGGGAGCAGUACGGCCGGCCCAUCCACGGUCAGAUGGAGGUCCAUGGCAUGUCGAGCCCCAGUCAGCACAGCCUGUGGAAGGCCAUGGAGGGAAUCUUCAUGAAGCCCAGCGAAAUGCCAGCAGGCGGCCAAGACUACAGUCACACUCACACAGAGUUUUGAUCCUUUCCUCCUCCUGUCUCUUUUUGGUUUCACCUCUGCCCAGUUAUGUGUGAUUAAGUCCAUCACAAACAGCCAGCGGUCCACCUCAAACUUGAAAGUGAGCCACUUUCCUGUUGGAAAGUGCUCAAACUACAGCAUAAAAUGCCUUAAAAUACCCAAAAAGUCAUAUUUAAAUCUUUUUUAUGACUGUUUUUGACCUUUAAUCUCCUUUUUCAGGCUUCUUUUAUUGUAAAUGUAGAAGGGAGGGCUUGUUUACACAUCAGGAAAUUCACCAGGGAAGUCAUUUUGUACAAAGAGACAUUAAAAUGUGACAUUUGUGCCUUCUUAAAAAAAAAAAAAAAAAAAAGAA